AUGAGUACAUCAUCAAAACAGAAAGCAUCGUCGGCGAAUUCAGGGUUCAGUGUAAGUAAGAGACGUGGUGUUGGUGUAGGAGAUAGAGGCUUUCCUAUUGGUUGUAGGUGUGGCGAAUAUUUGGUGAUAAGAACUUCCGGCACAACUAAAAAUCCUGGCCAGUUGUUUCAUUGUUGUCCUCAGGGAUCAGAAGCGGAUGCAAACCAUUUGUUCAAAUGGACCGAUGAAGCAAUGGUGGAGGAGAUAGAUGUCAUGAAAGAGGUGCUUCGUUCUACUGAGAAAGAGAUUGAGCACAUGAAAGACACAUUUCGUGGAUAUGGAAACAAGUUGGAAGCCAUGAAAACGGAUGUAGUUGUAUACGCUAAGGAAGUUUCAGAAAUGGAAGGAGAGAUACGGCCGAUCAGGACUUACGCGAUGCGCCUCAAAGAACCGGCGAGACUGGGGCUUUUCCUACGUUAG